AUGCAACGUGCAUCAAGAGACCUGCAGGGCCCUAGUGUGUGUGUGUGUGUGUGUGUGUGGGUGUGUGGGUGUGUGUUGCAGUCGAAGAUGACGUGGGGUCCAUACUUUUGGUUCCACAUGUGGAGAGCUGCAACAUCCACCAUCUCAGCCUGUGACUACCUGGGUGAGAGGAUGGCCUCCCUCUUCGGCAUCACCUCCGCCAAAUAUCAGUACGCCAUCGACGAAUACUACAGGAUGAAGAAAGAGAGGGAGGAGGAGAAGGAGGAAAACCGUCUGUCCGAAGAGGCUGAGCGAUCCUUCGACAGGGCGGAGGAAGGGGAGGACGAGGCUAUCACAAUGACUGAACGGUCAGGGGAGAUGCCCGCCGCCGCUGCCCGCCCCGAUGCCACCUACCAGAUUGAGAAUGAAAAUCACACACCCGCUAACACCAUCAGAGUCCCCGCUAUCAUCACAGCAACUUAACCGGGACUUCAACACUUUAAUGCCUUUUUGUUUGUUAAAGAAGGAACACUGUCUUGUUUCACCAAGCACCGUUCGGUUUGUGUCAGAUACAGCUUUAAAGAAGGCCAGCGAAAAA